AAAUGAUUUUUGCCAAUAAUAUUAAUAUACUAAAUGUAAGCGAACGGCUAGUCUUCCACAAGCGUCGGCUAAGUAAUUGCCCGCCAUGCGCAUAAGAACCCCAAUCCUCCCUCGGAAAAAUCCCCGUCAUCUUUCUACACUUCCGACGAUCAAUCUCGACAACGAUAUCAAUAAUUGCCUCCAAAAAACCCGCUUUAACGAACCCCAAAAGCUCUUUCACCAAACCCCAAUUGCCGGAAACAUCUUCUCAUGGAACGCAAUGAUGAAGCCUAAUCUUGGAAAUGGCCAGACUGAACAUGCCCAGGAACUGUUCGAUGAAGUGUCGCUUAAAACCCCCGCUUCUUGGAACACAUUUUUAUCGAGCUUAAACAAGAUCCAAAACCCAGAGGUAGUCUAUAAAGGCUUUCUAGAGAUGGGUAGAGUUGGUUUUAAACCGAAAGAGUCCACCAUCUCGACUUUAGUCAGUGCGGUUUCUGAAACAAAGUUCAACGUAUUGGUACCGCAAGUUCAUGCACUUGUUGUUUGUUUGGGGCUUAAUAUGAGCAUGUUUGUGGGGCCUGUGUUGAUGAAAUGGUACUCGCGAAUGGGGGAUGUAGAGGGACUGGGAAGAGUGUUUGAUGAGAUUUUGGUAAAGAAUGUUGCUUGUUGGAAUGCUCUGGUUUCAGGGUAUAUGGAAGUAGGGUAUUUUAAGCAGGCUCGUAGGGUAUUUGAUAAGAUGCCAGAGAGGGAUAUUGUUUCUUGGACUUCUUUGAUUGAUGGGUACAUUAGGAAUAAGUGGGUUAAUAAAGCUAGGUCUAUGUUUAAUAAGAUGAACCAGAAGAAUGUGGUUUCUUGGACUGUGAUGAUCAACGGAUAUGUGCAAAACGAGAGGUUUCGGGAGGCGUUGAAGCUGUUUGUUUUGAUGUUAAGAUCUGAUACGAGGCCUAAUCAGUUUACUUUUUCAAAUGUCUUGGAUGCAUGUGCUGGAUGUUCAUACCUUAUUACCGGCCUACAAGUCCAUUCAUGUAUCCUAAAGUUUGGGAUACCGCAGGAUUUAGUAUUGUCUGCUUCCCUAGUCGAUAUGUAUGCAAAAUGUACGAACAUCGAUGCUGCAUUUUGUGUAUUUGAGUCCAUGCAGGAGAAGAGUUUGGUAUCAUGGAAUUCCUUGAUAGGAGGUUACGCAAGACAAGGACUUGGAAGAAGAGCGUUGCAGGAAUUUGAUAGGAUGAUUAGCAGUGGUAUCAACCCGAAUAAGGUUACAAUGUUUAACGUUUUAUUAGCAUGCAGGGGUAGUGGAUUGGUCAAAGAAGGUGAAAGACACUUCAACUCAAUGGUCUGCAAGUACGGCAUACAACCAGGGUUGGAACAUUAUGCCUGUAUGAUGGAGAUAUAUGGGAAAGCAGGUCAGUUGGGUAAGGCUGAGACAUUAAUCAAGGGGAUGAUUUUGAAGUUCGAUGUUGUUCUUUGGGGUGCAUUUCUUAGAGCCUUUUAUUUAUACUCCGGUUUGGAACCUCCCGAAUUCGCCACAGAAGGUAUUUUAAAAUUGAAAACUGAUUAUCCUGCAGUUUAUGCAGCGUUUAGAAAGAUACAUGGUGGAACAGGGAAACGGAGUGGUGUAAUAGAAUUUAGACCAUCGAAGGAGAUGAAACAAAGGAGGAAUAUCGCAAAGCAGAAGGCUCUUAGUCAGAUUGAAUCUCCGGUGGAAGUCAAAUGAAUUGAAAUACCUCGACACUCGUUAAUACAAUAAUGCUUCUUAGCUGCAAAUCUUUAGCCUGACUGUUUGACUAGUAUAGCCGUUUCGACGUGGCAUCUGCUUUUUUAUAAAUGAUGUCUUGAUUCGUGAAGAAUUGGUAUACAGAUUACGAUGGCCGAAAUCACAGGGCUCGACAAAUGAGAAUGAUGAAUAGAAUAAAGGGUUCUUGAUUCCUUGUUCUUCAAUUUCGCAAGAAACCCAUUGUGACAUGAAACAUCAAGAAUGUUUUCAACACUGGCUCGUUGCAUAUAGUUGCAAAUUGGUUGUUACGUCACACUUCAAGCAUGUUUUAAAAUCUAUUGGUUAUAAUUUAUAAUCAAUGACUUGGAAUAUAUGUAUAUCUUGAGAAUUUUUUCCGCUAUAAUGAGGCGAAGCACAUUAUAGAAUGAUUUAGAGAAGGAUGUUUUCACGGUAAAAAUGAUUAUGGUUCAUGGUCUGCGAUUACAAGGUGCAGAUGUGAGAGACAAGUGGGCAGGGAGUUAUUGUAUUUCUUUAGUAUCAUUUAUUCUUUUGAUCCUAUUAUGUACCCAAAAAGACAGGAGGAAUGCAUAAACGUUUUUCAGCA